CUCUAGAUGCACCCAUGUUGUUGGACAUGGCAAGAUUUCAUUCUUUUCUAUGGCUGCGUAAUAUUCCAUUCUUCUAUGGCUGAGCAAAUAUAUAUAUAUGUGUGUGUGUGUGUUUUAUAUAUAUGUAUAUACAUAUGUAUAUGUGUAUACACGUACACACACACUGCAACUUAUUCAUUCAUUUAUCCAUGGACAUUUGCAAGCUCACUCAGUUUUAGGGGGAGGGGACAUAGACCCCACAGUUGGCAGGAGUGAUGUGAGAUGGGCCAUCUUUGAAAAUACCGUUGGCUACAGUACAGCAGAGGUGAAUAAAACCUCCUCGCUCCUCUGCUUGGGAAACUGAGAGUCUAUCGGGGUGGCAGAUCUGUGAACAAACAGGAUUUCACUCUUAUGCAGUAAGAAUUUAACUCUAUACUUAUGAAGAAUUUAGGAGAAGAACAUUGGUAUUAAUAGCUUACAUUUUUGGAAUGCUUACCUACUUCACAGUAAUAACCUCUUACUGCAGUAACUCUGGGGGAGAUCUGUUAUUUCUCACUUUUUACAGAUGAAGUGUAUGAGCUUCGAAGUUGAUUAACUUAUACAAAAAAAGUUGGAGAGAUGGCGAAUGGCAGAGCUGGAACUCAGUUCAGAUUCUGAAAGUGAAAUUAACCCUUCCUGGAAGAGUUGUAGAAAACGGAAGUGAACAGGGAUCCUAUGAUGCGGAUAAAGGAAUUUUUACCAUUCGAUUGCCGAAAGAAACUCCUGGCCAGCAUUUUGAGGGACUGAACAUGUUAACCGCUCUUCUGGCACCAAGAAAAUCCAGGACUGCCAAACCACUUGUGGAAGAAAUAGGUGCUUCUGAAGUUUCUGAGGGAGGAGUAGAAGCUGAGGAUGAAGAGUUUGACUGGGAAAUUGAACAGGUCCCCUAUGAAGAGGUAUCAGAAAGUGCUCUGAAUCCACAGUACCACUAUGGAUUUGGAAAUUUACGAUCCGGAGUGUUUCAGCGGUUACAGGAUGAAUUGAGUGAUGUUAUUGAUAUUAAGGAUCCAGAUUUCACUCCUGCACCUGAACGAAGGCAGAAACGCCUGGAUGCUGAGCUGGCCAAGUUUGAUCCUGAUCAUUAUCUAGCUGACUUUUUUGAAGAUGAGGCUGUUGAACAGAUUUUGAAGUAUAAUCCUUGGUGGACUGAUAUAUAUUCAAAAAUGAUGGCCUCUUUGGGAAAGAGUCAGGAGCAAGAAAAUCAUGCUGCAUUAGUGUCUUUUUCUGAAGAAGAGAAAUAUCAGCUGCGAAAAUUUGUCAAUAAAUCUUACCUACUGGACAAGAGAGCUCUUCGCCAAGUGUACUACAGUUUGAUUGAUAUCCUUCUGGCAUAUUGCUAUGAAACUCGUGUCACUGAAGGAGAGAAGAACGUUGAGUCUGCAUGGAACAUUAGAAAACUGAGUCCCACACUGUGCUGGUUUGAGACUUGGACUAAUGUUCAUGAAAUCCUGGUGUCUUUUGGAAGAAGAGUUUUAUGCUACCCACUUUAUCGCCACUUCAAGCUGGUGAUGAAAGCUUACAGAGACACUAUAAAGAUCUUGCAACUAGGUAAAAGCGCAGUUUUAAAAUGUCUACUGGAUGUUCACAAAAUUUUUCAGGAAAAUGACCCAGCUUACAUUCUGAAUGAUCUCUACAUCUCAGACUACUGUGUGUGGAUUCAGAAAGCCAAGUCCAAUAAGUUGGCAGCUCUUGCAGAAACCUUAAAGGAAGUGUCCCUGACAAAGGCCCAGCUGGGAUUAGAACUGGAAGAACUGGAGGCCGCAGCACUUCUUGUCCAGGAGGAAGACACUGCAUCAAGAGCAGGCCGUCCUGUUUCCAGGCAGCAGACACCUGCCUGCCCUCCUGAGGCAGGUGACACGGAGGAGUCAGACAGCACCACCUCACGUGAGACCGACAGCUCGGACUCCGAACAAGGGGAGCUCUCAGGUGGUGAGUCUGAGACAGUGCGUUCCUGGCAGGGUCCCUUUCUCAAGGAACGUGGCGACCUGCUAAUUGAUGACGGGGUGUGCAGAAACUCAGCCGUCGAGAGAUGUGGUGGUAGUCCGAGAAAGCCACCUGCCUCCCCCCGGGCUCCGCUGAUAGAGGAGCUUGGAGAGCAACUGAACUCGAGAGUUCAAGUGUCCGGACCUGAGGACUCCGCGGCUGCAAGCCACAGCAGCGUGCAGGGCAGAGGCGACUGGCAGACACCAAGUGAUUGACUGCGUGGUUUUCCUCACUGCUGAGAAUUAUGGCGGGUUUGGUUUCCUUUACAGAACGAGAAUUCACUUCCACUUGG